GUCAAGUUAGUUCAGUGUGACUGCAAGUUUGAGCCGCGCAGAGCUGCUGACAGCGCGGAGGGAGUGACCUGCAGCACGGAGAGAAACCGGAAAGAGACAUCAUGCGCCCUCUGCUUCCUUUCCUCUGCCUGUUCUCGGUCUGGACCAGAGGAGCAGGGGCGUCGGACCCCUACUUGCCCUUCAUGGAGUACCUGGACCAGAAUCAUUUGGUGUGCCUGAAGUGGGGCUUCGAUAACCUGCAAGGAAACAUAACAUUCAAGCUGACCGUCAACACAACAGGCUGGGUGGGUAUUGGCUUCAGUUCGGACGGAGGAAUGACCGGGGCAGACAUCGUCAUGGGGGGAGUUGGACCCAGUGGACACUACUUCACAGAUUACCACGCCACAGGGGAAUUCAUGCCUGUAGUGGACGAGCAGCAGAGCUACACUCUCCUCUCUCUGAUUGAGAGUGAAGGUCAAACCAUCAUGACCUUUCAGAGGUCCAUUCAGACGUGUGAUGACAACGAUUACCAAAUCUCUGCUCAACCCAUUAAAAUGAUCUAUGCCUACGGAUUAACAGAUGUGAUCUCUAACCACCGGGCUCGUAGAGGCGCCAAGGAAGUCAAUCUGCUGAACUAUGAGCCCAGGAUAACCUUAACCAACCUCAACUAUCUCAGCAUCACAAUGGAUAAUAUCACUGUCCCUCACAAUACCUACUACCAUUGCAAGGUCAUGAAGUUUCAAAACUUGGAUCCAAAAAACCCGUAUCAUAUAUAUCAGUUUGAACCAGUGAUUGAGCACCCUGACCUUGUGCACCACAUUUUGCUGUACCGCUGCCCCUCGUUUGUGAAGGACCCGUACGACAAGCCGUGCUACAUGGGCGACAUAGGGGAUGCCUGCUUCGGGGUGGUGGCUGCUUGGGCAGUGGGAGGAGGGGUAUUUGAGCUUCCGGAAAAUAUGGGUAUUCCUGUUGGAGGUGCGGACAGCAAUGCCUUCUAUAGGCUGGAAAUCCACUACAACAAUCUAAACAAUGAAUCAGGUAGGACAGACAGCUCAGGACUGAGGCUUCACUAUACAGUCCAACCCAGGAAGUAUGAUGUGGGCAUCCUGACCACAGGUGUGCUACCACAUUCUUACCUGAACUACAACAUCCCUCCAAAAGCCGCUCAAUUCCACACCUACGGCGUGUGUAAUACAACGCUCUUUUCUCAGAUUGUGACUCAUGUGCCUGAACUGCAAGUGUUUGCUGUGUUGUUACACACUCACUUGGCUGGGAGGAAAGUCAGAGUGGGCCAUUACAGAAAUGGAGAGCAGAUCGACUUCUUGGCCGUGAAUGACAAAUACAACUUUGAGCUACAGCAGAGCGUCAGUCUGGGAAACGUCAAGAACAUCAAGCAGGGUGAUGAGAUUGUGGUGGAGUGCACCUACGAUACUAGCAAUCGCACCAACGUCACCAGGAUGGGGUUAGCAACUACUGAUGAGAUGUGCCUGGCCUUCCUAUACUACUACCCUGCAAUCAAGAUCAUCACAUGUAAUAGCCAUCCGAAUACAAGCAUGUCUGAGGACGCCACAACUUCUGACCAGGAUACAAUUGCUGCGCAGGAGAGUUUCCUAAAGGCCCUUCCACAAAUUCAGUAUGUCUCUAAUGACGAUUACAGCUACUCAACAAACCCAAAAGGCACGGUCAGAGAGAUGAUGGAGACACCGACUGUCACUUGUCACAAAACCAAUGCGGCAAGCAGAAUCUACACUUCCUGGAUUAUGAAUUUAGCAGGACUCAUACUCUCGAUUGCAAUAAUGUAACAUGGUUUUAUGAGCAAAAGAUCCAAACCAUUGCAAUCUUGGUAAAGGAAGGCACAGUUGAUACAAGCUCUAUUGUAGACAACUGGGUUUAUUCAACUUAACAAGACAGAGUGUAUACCAUGUUCUAUGAUUUAGUUUUCUCCGUUCAUUGCAUAUCUUUUAUUGAUUAUUAAUCAUCUUUUAUGUGUGUACAUGUAUUGUGCUCAUUAAGCCUCAUUGAUGAUAUGUAUAUGUAUGAAAUUAUAUAAAAGAGCCAAACAUUUACAAAGUUCUCACUAAAUAAAAUAUA